UCGAUUUUUUAUUUUUUGAUGUGUUCCUAUUUUUUUUCCGAUCCAAAACGCGAUGGGGCGGUCUCGGUUGGAUGCGCUCGUCUCCGUGUUCGUUACGGUGCACCCGCACGAGACCUCUGCUCUGCUUCACUCCUUCUUCUGCUUCUUCUUCAUUUUGAGUGCGUAUUUCGUGGUUCUUCCUUUGCGAGACGAGGGUGCUAUCUCGUUGGGCUUAUCGAAUCUACCAGGUUUAUUCGUUGGGUCUUUGGUGCUCACACUCAUUGCCGCACCCGUUUCAUCUCUCAUCUUUUCUCUCCCUAAUCUUUCAAAAAACAAGGCAUUGGUUUCAAUACACAGGUUCUUUAGCAUAUCACUCAUAGUCUUCUUUUUCUUGUGGCGCUCCUCAUCAACAUCUAAAUUGAUAGAGUCAACUACUUCGACAUAUUCCUCAGAGCAAGAUGGGAAGAUUGGUGAUCAAGGCAGUCCUACACCUCCAUUAGGUUGGGAUAGCCAUGGGUGGUUCUAUAUCUCAGUCCGAAUUGGAUUGUUUCUUUGGGUUGCGUUGCUUAAUCUAAUCACAAUUUCUUCAACUUGGGCAAGGGUAAUUGAUGUGAUGGACAGUGAGUCAGGUUCGAGAUUAUUUGGAUUUGUUGGGGCUGGUGCUACACUUGGACAACUUUUUGGGUCUCUUUUUGCUACAGGAAUGGCUUUUGUCGGGCCAUUCUUGCUAUUGUUUGCUGCAUUACUAUUGGAAUUUGCAGCAAGGACAUCAAGAGGGAUAAAUUGUAAUUCAUCUAAUGCUGAAGAGGAAUUGACUCCUAUGAGAGAAUCUGAUUCCAACCAUGAAAAUGGAGCCGAUGAGAAGAGUGAACAUACUGUUAGAGCUUCUCCAAAGUCAUCUACUUCUUUAUCGAGACUUCAAAUUUGGCCUAUAUUUGAUGGAUUAUGGCUUAUACUAUCAUCAACUUACCUGUUGCAUGUAUCAUUGUUCAUCUGGCUGAGUGCAGUUAUCUCUUCAUUCUUCUACUUUCAGAAAGUAAGUGUGAUUGCCACUACAGUUACAAGCUCUCUGGGAAGAAGAAAAAUGUUUGCAGAGAUAAAUAGCUUUAUUGCUACUUUUAUCCUUGUUGGGCAGCUGUCCAUGACGGGGCGCAUUCUUACUGUUGCUGGGGUGACUAUAGCUAUAUGCUCUGCACCUUUUAUUGGCCUUUUAAAUUUAGUUGCUCUAGCUGUUUGGCCGGACUGGCUGGUUGUUGCCACUUGUGAAACAUUAAGAAAGGUUGUUACAUAUGUUGUGACAAGGCCUGGAAGAGAACUUUUAUUUACUGUUGUUUCACAGGAUGAGAAGUACAAAGCCAAAAUAUGCAUCGAUGUGUUGGUUCAAAGGCUUGGAGAUGCUGCAGCAGCUGGAAUGUACAAAAUACUUUUUGGUACUCUCAAGGGGAAACCAUCAACCGUUUCCCUUUAUGCUUUGCCUGUUUGUAUGUUGUGGAUAAUCACAGCAUUCUAUUUGGGUCGCCGGCAAGUAGAACUUUCAAAGCACCAUCAGAUUGCUUCCAGUUGAUAUAAGAUUGAAAGUAUAGUGAAUUAUAUUUAAGGAACAGAGGGAUAGAUAUGUUCAGAAUGGGUAAAUCAAAAACCUCAUUGCACUGGAAUUAUUUAUGGUGCUUUAAUUUUGCGGAAUUGAUGAGUAGCAGUGUGAAUAGUUGAAGCCAGUGCAGCAUGCGAACAAGUAUAGAGAAAAAAUUCAGGAGAGGGAAGAAAGAAGAAUCCAAGAAGAGAGAAUAUAGGCAUCGUUCUCACCAAAUACAUGCUAACCACUCCACACAGUCUCUUUUGAUGGAUUUACAAAAGGAGGACUGAUUAAUCAUCUUAAGAGAUGUGUUUUGUUAUCUAACAUUUUUUGAAAGUAUGUACCUUUUACUUCAUGUAGUAAGGAGGAUAUUUAAGAAGCUUUUUGAGUUUA